UCACAGCGCGUCACGUGGUACACUAUGGAUAGGUAGAUAGACACUGAAUAGUGUAGCCAGCGUUCCAAACUACGAGCAGUUAAAAAGACAUGAAUAAUGGGAUUUUAGAGACGGUGUAACUAAGACAGUGCACAAAUGGUUUACAAAACUUUACUUUUAUAUUUUAAAUAAACGUUUUCGCAAAAAUGGAUUUUUUACCUGUAUUAUUGUUUGGAUGUAUAACAAUUGCGCAUUUUGGAUUUAAUGCAGAAGCUGCCGGUACAAAGUAUGGUGAAGCUUUCAAGAAUCUUAUAACAGAGAAUGGAUAUAAGGGUGGAGAGACAGGUGUGCUACUAGGCAACAGACUUGGCUAUGUUGAGGGCUAUGGCCGCACAAUAACGGGACAUAAUGUCUAUCCAGAGUCGUUACUCCCAGCCUCGGGAAUCUCAAAAAUUAUUACAGCUCUUACUGUUCUCAGACUAAUUCAGGAAGGGUCUAUUAAUCCAACAGACAAAAUAUUUGGAGAGAAAGGUAAACUUCCAAAAAUGACGCCAAAUCCAAAGAAAAUAACAGACAAAAGAAUACUAGAAAUCACUGUAGAUGACUUGCUUCGUCAUGCCGGCGGAUGGGAUGCGGAAAUUUCCCCAAUCGGUGAUCCGGUCUUCAACGAGUUUCUGGUUGACGGGAAUCAUCACCUAGUGAAUAUAUCAAAGGAAAUGAAGUUGAAAUCGCCACUGGACACUUUCGAUGUCAUUUCUUUCAUGGCAAGUCGGAAAUUAGAAUUCAUGCCUGGCACUCAAUCUAGCGUUUCAAAUCUUGGUUACCUUAUCUUAGGACGUGUAAUAGAGGAAACUACUGGACUGCCAUAUGAUGUAGUAGUGAAGGAAGAGCUAUUGAACAAUUGCGGAAUGUGGCAUACCAGAUUAGGUCCACACACUCAUGAAGGGCGUCAGGUUUAUAAAGGAAGAAAUCCUAGAGAAAUUAAUGCAGAGCUGCGCGAAAAACACGAAGUUAUCGGCGAAUACUACGCAUAUGCUCAAACAUACAUGGUUGAUUCCUGUCUAGGAUGGUUCACAAAUGCGUAUGAUGUAAUGCGUCUUGCACAAUGUUUAGAUGGCAGUGCAGACUACCAGCUUCUAAAUGAUACCACCAUUGAAACUAUGAUACGCAGACCAAGACUUGACCGUUCCGGCGAUGCAAGCUGGUAUGGAGCAGGGUUCAAAGUUCAUCAAGAUGGGGCUAUCUGGGUUGGAGAGGAGCCCCAUGCACCCGAUGCUGUAUUCCUGCAUAGGAAUUUAAAACGUCACAAGCCUGGAACUGUGUACACUAGCGAAGAAAAUGAACCAAUGUCUUGGACACUUUUGUUCGAAGGAAAACCGGCAAUUGACGCUCCUCUGAAGCAGUUGUCAAGAGCUAUGGUUGAAGGAGAAACACAAUGGCCGAAGACAAACGCUUUCGUUAACGAUCUUCAUGACAAGCUUCUCACCAUAGGCAGAACAACAAAACUGCACAGACUGAAAGUUGAAGAACAUAGAGCAAAUGCUUACCUGAUAGCGCUUAAAAGGGCAGAUUUCAAUGUAAUAUGGCUUAAUGCUUAUACUCAUGCUGGAGGGACGUUCAUUACUACUAUUGCAGAACAAGACCCAAAAGCCAGUAGAGAAUGCGUCGCAGUUGCCGGACUUACCAGGGAAAAACUGGUGGAGAAGAAGCUUGAGCUAGAGAAACUUGGUUACAACAUGACUUUCUUCCAAAACUACAAAAGCUUUUCGCACAGAGAUAAGUUCGUGUUUCUCGCGGUGUUCCAUAAAGGUGCCUUCAGAAACGACAGUCACAUCCUGUAUGGUAUCCAACAUUUUGAUCGUCCUUACAAAACCCUAUUGAAUCUGUACGAGGAGAAAGGAUAUCGCCCACUCGUCCAGUCACUAGAAUAUAACCGUGACGACGCACUUCUAUCCUUUAUUCUGGAAGCGGACUCCGACAAGGAGAAAGACCAGAAACCGCUCUAUUCGUCAGAGGAAAAUCUCAGCGAAGCACGACUGGAGAAAUGCGUUAGAAAAUAUGCUCGUGAACAAAAAAGACUUAUUUAUUUAGACGCAUCAAACCAUCGUGGAAAGCCAAAGUUUUCAGCGCUGUUCAAGAAAACAAGGAUGACUAAAUGGCUCUUCAGCCAAGGACUAACUUCCGAGGACUUAUUGAUAACAAUUGCUGAAAAACAAAAGGAAGGCUAUCUCCCUUCUAUAGUUAUUGGGUACAGUACAAAAAGAGACGAUCUGUUGUUCGCUACUUACAUGGAAAAACCACUGUAAAUCGUCUACGCUUAACAGAUGAUGUGAUAAAAAUUAAGAGACAUAUCUUGGUCUCCAUGUAAGAAAAAUCUGUGAUGAAAGACGAAGAAAAUGAUAAAUUAGUUUUAUCAUGAAAAUAUGAACAUUUUACGAACAGUUUUUUAUCAUGAUGGUAUAUAAAGUAACUGCCGACAGAAGGUCAACGCCGAGCUUGAAUCAAGGCAUAGGAAAAGUUACAAUAUUUGCAUGUGUUCGUUCAAAUUUGCAUUGAGCAUGUUAAAUAACUAAAAUGUUUUACGAUGAAUUUAUGCAAAUGCGUGUAUAAAAUGUAUGUAGAUGUCUAUAAAUUAUUUCUGUAUUAGACGAAAACAAAAAUCGUCAUGACAUUGUGUAAUUUACAUUUGGCAGUUACAACAUAAACAUUAUCUUGUCAACCUUUGAUGUCAUAAACAGCGGUUUUAAGCUAAACUGAAUGAGUAAUAGGAAGACAGACAAAGGCAAUAGCAAUACAAUGCUUCCGGAUAAAAGAGUUUAUACAUGAAUACUAUUCGUUCUGAUGCAGCAAAGUCUACUUCUAUACAAACCAAAGGUCUCUACAUUUACCAUGAGUUUCCAUAUAAACCAUAGGUGUUUACAUAAAUCAUAAGUACCUUCACAAAACAUACCAUAGAUGGUUUCUACAUACAUCAUGGGUUUUGUCGUAAAUCAUAGGUUUCUACGUAAACUAAGAAUUUUACACAAAUCAUACUGCGUCCCCUUAAUGCAAUAAGGUACCAUGAGCAUAUGAAUAAAGAAGGCACUUGGUACCUUUUUGCAUUAAGGGGGCGACAGGUUCCUACAUACGCCACAGAGUACAUAUAAGUUUUUUAAAUUAUUUUGGGAAUGUUUCAUACGUUCUUCCUUGCCAUUUAUAUUUUAAACUUCUGGAAUGGUGAAAGACAAGUUACUAGCCGAAACGAAAAUCAGUGACGGGGAUACGUAAACCAUGAAUAUUUGUAAUAUACUGGCCUUGAUAAGAGGCAGAACUGUGUACGAAUUCCACUGUCAAAACGUGGCGAAUGUUCACAGGUUUCAAACAAAUAAAUUUCUAAACUACGGGCUGCAAAACGCUAAAAUAAUCCAGAAAAUGACCAUACCACAUGAGAAACUAUUUUGGACAUUGCUGUGUUACACAGUAAGACAACGAAGAAAUGCAAUAUUAUAAGGCAAAACAGUUUAUAACAUAUACCUAUUCAUCUACAUUGUAUGUAUAUAUUAUCAUUAUAUUUACGUGUCAUAUAUUUAUCACUUUCCUGUUACAUUUGUUUGAAGGGUAAGACUGACAUAUUUUGUUCUAUGUCUUCAUGUUGUUUUCGUUUCAUACUGUUUUUGUAAUAGCUCUAUAUAAAGCCAUUAAAGAUGUAAAUAUUA